AUGACUCUCCAAAACUUUCUCAACACCCUCAAAACUGUUAAGAAAUCCUCGGCUUCAACCCUUCCCCCCAAACACUUUCAACACCUUCCCGACUUUAUCUCCCACUUCCUAAAACCUUCCACCCCCCUCGAUGCCUCUGCUCUCCCCUCUCUCACCCCCACCACUUUUCGUGAUAUCCUCUCUAACCCAGAUCUCAAAGCCUCCAAGUGCUUUCGUUUCUUCAACUUUGUUGCCAAUAACCAAUCUUUGCUUUCCUUCAAACCCCAUCUUCAGGAUCACUUGACCCUUAUUUCUAGGCUCCUGAAAGCCAGGCUGUUUGCCGAUGCUGAAGCCAUGUUGAAAACUCUGUCUGUUGAUGAAAAUCUCAGGUACCCUUUUCUUGUUAUAGCUUCCGCUGUUGAGAAUUGCUGUUUUGAGUCUAAAGUUACCACAAAGUUGUUUAAUUUCAUGCUUAAAGUUUACUCUGAUAAUGGGAAUUUUAGUGAGGCAUCCAAGACAUUUGAUUAUAUGAAGGAUAAUGGGAUUAAGAUCAAUGAGAGAACUUGUACUGUUCAUUUAAAUACUCUUAAGAAAGUGGAUGAAUUGGGGUUGGUUUUAGAUUUCUUUGGUCAAAUGGUACAAUCAGGUCUUGAAAUUUCUGUUUAUUCAUUGACAUGUGUGAUUGAUGGAAUGUGUAGAGAUGGGGAUAUAAAGAAAGCUAGAGAGAUAAUGCAGGAGAUGUCUGGCAGAGGGAUUAAACCUAAUGUAAUAACUUUUAAUAUAUUGAUAGAUUCGUGUGUAAAAAGAUGGGACUUUGAGGAGUUGGAUUUGGUGUUAGGUUUGAUGAGAAAAGGGGGAGUAGGAUUUAAUGUGGAGACAUAUAAAUUUUUGAUUGAUGGGUAUUCAAGCUAUGGGAAAAUUGAAGCAGCUGAAAGGUUGGUUAUGGAGAUGCAUGAUAAGGGCUUGAGAGUUGAUACUUUUUUGUAUAAUUUGAUGAUAAAUGGGUAUUGUAAAUUACGAGCGAUAGAGAGUGUGUUAUUGUUGUUAGGCAGAAUGAGGGAUAGAGGUGUAAAGCCAAAUGCUGAUACAUAUUGCCCUAUAAUAAAUUGGUACUCUAAGGUUGGAGGAAUGGAAGUGGCAAUGAAGUAUGUGAAGGAGAUGCAAAAGAUGGGAUUUGAGUUGGACAAGGUUAUGUAUGACAUGUUGAUUGAUAGAUUUUGCCAGAAUGGAAUGGCUGAUGAAGCUUUUGAGUUGCGAAUCGAUAUGGAGAGGAAAGGAUUUCAAGCUGAUAUAGCUGUAUUUAAUCAGAUGGGGGAAUUAUUAUGUGAAACUUAUCAGACUGAGAAAGCAAAGAUGCUUAUGAACAUAAUGAUUAAAAGGGGUAUAUGCCCGAAGAUGGUAAGCUUCACAUCUGCAAUCAGCUAA